GGAGCCUUCCUGUACUCAGUGGGGGAUGCAGAACAGCUGAACAAGGCCACAAUUUGCCGCACAAUAAGGAGUGUGUGUCUGGCUAUCAAAGCAUUAGCAGAUGUCUUCAUCUCCUUCCCUGGCCACAGAAGACUCUGUGACAUCAAAGAGGAGUUCUAUAGGAUUGCAGAUGGUCUGCAAUGCUGACUGUGUGAUCAGCAAUGUUGUGGCAAAAUGGCCUGGCUCAGUCCAUGACUCCAGAAUCUUUCGGGCCUCUGAAAUCUAUCAGUGCCUAUCACAAGGUGAAUUCUCUGGUGUGUUGCUGGGAGACAGGGGGUAUGGCUGCCAGCCUUUUCUCCUGACACCUUUCACAGACCCCCAGGAAGCACAGCAGGCCUACAACCAUGCCCAUGCCAGGACCAGGGCCAGAGUUGAAAUGACCUUUGGCCUCCUGAAGGCACGCUUUCACUGCCUUCACAAAUUAAGGGUCAGCCCUGUUAGGGCAUGUGAUAUUACUGUGGCUUGUGCUGUCCUCCACAAUGUGGCCUGCCUGAGGAAGGAGAGGGCCCCCAGAGUGCCACCAGCCAUGGACUGGGACAAUCCGGCAAUCUUCCCUGAUGACGACAGUGGUCGGCUGCUGAGGGACCAAUAUGUGUAGAAUUAUUUUAGUUAGUAUGUGUGCUUUCAAUUUUGGUUAAAUAUGUCCUGCGGUGGCAGAGGAAUUUGGGUUUUUUUGGGUUCGUUUUUUUACGAAUUUGGCCUCUUAUGAUGUUUGUGCGGUAUACUGUGUGUAAUACAAGGCUGCAGGGAGGCUACUGCAUCCAUUCAUUUGUCUGUUCAGUUGAUGUGUAUGGAUUUGUCCUGCAUUUAUUUUAGUGUGCAGACAUGCAGGGUGUGUUAUAUACAGACCUUUGAAUGUGUAUGUAUCAUUUUGUAUAAUAUGCUUGGAUUCUGUGCUUUCCAUCUUGUAGAGUCACUGUGACUUCAGUUUCGAAAGGAGCUGAUGGUUUACCUGCUUUGUUUUGUCCUUAUUCAAUAAAGGAACAUAAUGUUA